CAAACCCUCUCUCUCACAGCUCCCCCAACACACACACCCCCAUAACCCUCUCUUUCUCUCUUUAAUCUUAAACCCCGUUACGACGUCGUACGGCUUGGGCUCUUUCUCCCUCUACCCGAACCGAACAACAAUCGUGAAAAAAAAAAAACAGAAUACCUUCAUUCUCUCUCUCUCUUACUUUCUCUAUUGCAACGCGUUUUAUUCUCUCUCUUAUAAUAUAUUUCUCCACUCGCGCUCUCUUACUCGCCGGCGAUUGUUUCAGAUCAAUCGCCGACGCCGUCCAAUUCACUCGCUCUCCGUGGCGUUCAGUUACAUUCAAAACGCGAGGAUCUCGCCGUUUCGGGUAAUGUGCCUCGGAAUUCUGGAACUGGGAACCUCGCGGCGGGUUUGGAUCUGGAAUUGGGGGAGGGGGAGUUGGAUUGAAUUAAGACAUUAGGGUUUGUGGCGCGGAGGGGGUGCAUUUAUGAAGGAGGCGGUGUUGUUAGGAGAGAAGAAGAGUGAGAGGAAGAGAGGAGGGAGGGUGGUUUGGGAAGGGUUGAUGAUGAUGGGAUUAAAGGAAGAAAGUAAUAAUAACUGUAAGUUAAAGAAUUCGGUUGUGGUCUCGUCGGCGAGGUCUUCGAAGAUGAAGCUGUGGAUGAUACGCGCCACCACAUCGGUGUUACUGUGGACCUGCGUCGUUCAGUUAACGACGCUGGGGGAUAUGUGGGGCCCGCGGGUCCUGAAAGGGUGGCCGUCGUGUUUCACGCACGACGAAUCCGCCGCGCUCAUUGAGUUGCCGUCCGCCACCACGCCCAGAGUUCUCCCACCCAAGAGGGUUUAUAAGAACAACGGUUACUUGAUGGUGUCGUGCAAUGGAGGACUCAACCAAAUGAGGGCUGCGAUAUGUGACAUGGUGGCGAUUGCUAGGUAUUUAAACGUGACGCUUAUAGUGCCUGAAUUGGAUAAAGCGUCUUUUUGGGCUGACCCCAGUGAGUUCCAAGACAUCUUUGAUGUGGAUCAUUUUAUUACAUCCUUGAGGGAUGAAGUGCGGAUAUUGAAAGAGUUGCCUCCUAGACUCAAGACGAGAGUGGACAAUGGUUUACUUUACACCAUGCCACCGAUUAGUUGGUCUGACAUAUCAUACUAUAAGAACCAGAUUCUACCUUUGAUACAAAAGUACAAAGUUGUUCAUUUAAAUCGAACGGAUGCCCGGCUGGCCAAUAAUGACCAACCUUUGGAGAUUCAGCGGCUGCGUUGCAGAGUCAAUUUUAGUGCUCUUAGAUUUACUUCUCAGAUUGAGGAGUUAGGCAAAAGGGUGAUCAAGCUUCUCAGGCAAAAUGGCCCAUUUUUGGUACUUCAUCUGAGGUAUGAGAUGGACAUGCUGGCAUUUUCUGGCUGUACACAAGGUUGCAACAGUGAUGAAGUGGAAGAAUUGACAAGGAUGAGAUAUGCUUAUCCUUGGUGGAAAGAAAAAAUAAUUAACUCUGAUUUGAAAAGAAAAGAUGGUUUGUGUCCUUUAACACCUGAGGAGACUGCCCUUACACUUAGGGCCCUUGACAUCGGUCAAAGCAUUCAAAUCUACAUUGCAGCUGGGGAAAUAUAUGGUGGGGACAAGAGAAUGGCAAGUCUUGCGAAGAACUAUCCAAAAUUGGUCAGAAAGGAAACACUGUUGGAACCAUCUGAUCUUCAGUUCUUCCAAAAUCAUUCCUCUCAGAUGGCGGCUUUGGAUUACCUUGUCUCAUUAGAGAGUGAUAUCUUUGUUCCUACAUACGAUGGAAAUAUGGCCAAAGUAGUCGAGGGUCAUCGCAGAUAUCUUGGGUUCAAGAAGACGAUUUUAUUGAACAGAAAGCUCCUAGUUGAUUUGAUAGAUCGAUACCAUGAUGGAAUAUUGAACUGGGACGAAUUCUCUUCGGCUGUGAAGGAAGUUCAUGCUGAUCGCAUGGGUGGUGCAACUAAGAGAUUGGUGAUCCCUGACAGGCCCAAAGAAGAGGAUUAUUUCUAUGCCAAUCCAGAGGAAUGUUUUGAACUAUCAGAUGUUAUGUUGAGUAGUACGUGAGUGAUGCAUUUGGAAAUAAGAGAAUUUACUUGUGCCCUCUCCUAGUGCGUGCACUUGGUCUUCUACCACAGAUACUUAAGAUAGGUCUCUACGCAGUUUAGCAAAGAUGAUGACAGCUUUUUUGUAUCACAGAGGCAGUCAUAUAGUGACAGUUAGAAUGGGGAAGGGGGAAUGGGCUUUUCAUGAAAGCUCGAGAAGGUAGCCGACGGAUACUUUAUAUAUAAAAUAUGCAAAUAAUCCAUCAUCACCACAUUCAUGUAUAGAAGCCACACCCUGCCAUUACAGGAUGAGAGCAGAUCAAACUGCAUUGUACACGGAGGGGUUCAUAUACAAAUUUGGAUUCUGGAACUGCAGUUCGUGGAAGCUUUGUUCCUUUGGUACCUUUCAUUUUUUCCUUCUCGACAAAUAUAAAUAUAUAUCAUAAAUUGUUUUUUUUUUACCACACCUUUUUAUUUAACACGACCAUUGUGAUUUUGAGGAUUGAGUCACUGUAAAAUUUGUUUGUUCCUGAUUAUUGCCUCCAAAAUUCUUAGCUUUUGGUCAUUAUUAAAGAGAAUGGUAGGUUGGACUUCUCUUUCC